AUGGAAACUGUUCUAAAAUUCAAUCCUUCAAGUUGGAUUAAGAUACAGUCAGAUAAGCCUGGUCCAGAACUACCCCCAAUUUUCUGCAGAAUUUAUGUUAGAUAUGAUGCACAAUUAAAGGGCUUACUAGUUGGUUGUAGGCCUAUGAUUGGAUUGGAUGGAGCUUUUCUGAAGGGUUUAUAUGGGGGACAAAUUCUUAGUGCAAUUGGGGUGGAUGGUAACAACAACAUGUUUCCUGUAGCCAUAGCUGUGGUAGAGGUAGAGACUAAGGAGUCUUGGAUUUGGUUCUUGAACAUAUUGUUGGAGGAUAUUGGGAGUGUGGAGGAGAGGGGAUGGACAUUUAUCUCAGAUAGGCAGAAGGGCUUGGUAGAGACAUUCAAAGAGCUAAUGCCAAAUGCAGAACAUAGAUUUUGCCUUAGGCAUUUGUAUGCAAAUUACAGAAAGAAAUUCAGAGGUAAGGAAUUGAAAGAUUUGAUGGGGAUGCCAGCCUCUGCAACCACAGUUUGGGCACAUAACCAUCACAUUAAGACACUUGAGAGUUUGGAUAAGGGGGCACACAAGUGGUUAAAGGACAUUCCAGCUGAGCAAUGGUGUAGGUCUCAUUUCAGCCCCAGAAGCAAGUGUGACUAUUUGGUGAAUAAUCUCAGUGAGUCAUUCAAUAACUACAUUUUAGAAGCAAGGGAUAAACCCAUAAUUUCCAUGCUGGAAUGGAUAAGGAGGAAGGUUAUGAACAGGUUUCAAAUUAAAAGGAUGGGAAUGGAGAAAUAUAAUCAAGCCAUAUGUCCAAGGAUCAUGGCCAAAUUAGAUGUAAUGAAGAAGGAUUCAAAGGACAGUUUUGCACACUUUUGUGGUGAGUACAAGUUUGAAGUGGACUGCCAUGACACAACCUACACUGUGGAUUUAAAGGAAAAGACAUGUGGAUGCAGACAAUGA